AUGGGCGAAGGGUGUGAAGCAUGCAGAGCAAAUAUAAAUGUUACUCAAAAACGAAUAAAAUGCACACAAUGUUCGCGUAACUACCAUUCAGAAUGCAUAAAUUUUAAUAAUGAUACUGCUUCAAGAUCUGAAUGGAAGUGUCCCGCUUGCACUGCUUCUUGUCGAAAAGGUGGUGAUAACAAGUUGAAAUUAUCACUUAUCACUGAAAUAAAAAAUGAAAUAACUAGUAACCUUAAACAGCUGGAAGAAUCGCAUAACAGUUUGCUAAAUGAAUACAACAAUCUUAAAAGUAAUUUUGAAAAACUUCAACAAAAUGUCCAGAAUGGCGAAAUGAAACUGGCGGAUUUAUGUGCGCAAAUAAAAAAAGAACAACAAUGGCGUAGACUUUCAAACUUAGAGAUUGUUGGUUUACCAGAAAACUCAAAAGAAUCAACUUCUGAAUUAAUAAUCAAAAUAGCCAGCUAUGCAGGAAUAAAGCUUACAGAUGACCAAAUUGUUUUUGCGCACCGAGUUCAGCCUAUGCAGAAUGUUGGAGGUUGCAAAUUGCAGAAUCGCACUAUUAAAGAUAAUAUUAUUUCAGAGCUCCGCAAAACCAAAGGAAUUACUACUUCCGAUAUUGGACUGGGUGGUCCAGCCAAAAGGUGA